UUUCUAGCAUUGCCUGGCAACAAGAAAGUAGUUGAUUUUGGACGACACAUCAUGGCCAGCCCCUGGGAUGAAGACAUCCUUGACAAAGAUUUUAAGAUCUUAACACCUCUAGGCGUAGGUACUUUCAGGGAGGUGAAGCUUGCCUGCCACCUUCCCACGAAAGCACAGGUUGCUGUCAAGAUUCUUAGCAAAAAAAGCAAUAGUCUGGGUGAGAUGAACUCUGAAGUAAAGAUCCUUCAGACUUUGGAACACAGGAACAUCAUUCUUUUUUUUCAUGUCGUUGACACACUGUCAAGGACAUAUAUAAUCACGGAGUAUGUGGCUGGAAGGGAUCUACAGAUAUUCCUCAGUGAGGUUGGAUGUUUAAAGAAGCAGGAGGCUAGACCCAUCUUCCAACAGGUCAUAUCAGCGGUGCACUUUCUCCACCUAAGACGCAUUGCGCAUUGCGAUAUUAAAUUGGAGAAUAUCCUUAUUGACGGAGAUGGCAAUGUCAAGCUUUGUGAUUUUGGUAUGGCAAUUCAGCUCGCAGAGGGGCAGAAGGUGGAAGAACUCUGUGGUUCUUUGCUCUAUAUGGCUCCAGAGAUGUUGGCAAGGAAACCUUAUGAUGAUCUGGUUGUUGACAUGUGGAGCUUGGGAGUCGUCCUAUAUGUAAUGGUCACAGGACAAUAUCUAUAUGCUGAAGACACAUUAGAUGGCAUGCACAGGCUCAUCACAAGCACAAAGUAUCCCAUCUCCUAUCACUUGUCAAUUCCCUGUUACAUCAUCAUUGCACAAUUACUCAUGGUUCCCACAAUCGGGAGAAUAACAAUAUGUCAACUUGUGAAAAGACCAUGGCUGGGCCCC